ACAGACCCUUUAAUACCAUUAAACAUAACUGUGCAAAGCGGUCCUCGGUGACUUUAUUAGCAUUUGGCUACAAUUUUUAAAAAUAGGUUAUGCUUAUAACUUAUUAAUAGUGCCUUUGUGUCGUAUCUAAAGGGUCAGUUAUGCAUAAUUAGCGACAGAAAUGACAAUAGUGUAUAUAAUGGGAGGAAAAGGAGCCUGAGCUUCCUCAACAGCAAACACAGAACUGAUCUUUAAAGUGAGCAUCUGCUUCUCCUCUGGUUAUUUUCGAGAACUAUUUCAUAAUCUUCUGGGAACGUUUUAUUUUUUAUGUCAGUGCUGUUCCCCAAAUGUUCUGGGAACUUUCAAACCCAACCUUCCCUUAUGGUUAUAUGACAACACUGGUUCAAAAGUGGUUCAAUUAAUUCAAUUCACUUAGGUUCUCAGGCUGGGUUGAAAUUCUUCAAAGGCUGAUUUUAGGUUUUAUUUUUGUGUACAAACUACCAUUCCAGGUACAGACCAGUUAUACAUUUAGAUCACCAUUGACAUAGAAAUUACAGCAGAUAGGCCACUGUCGCUGAUCACAAGGGAAUGAGGAUCACGGCCAAAGGUUUGCUGUCACCUAACCAUGAAACCCAUAUGUGGUUUCUUCCCAAACUGCUGCCACAAAGCAUACAAUUGUCUACAAUGUCUGUGUAAGCAGUAGAACUAAGAUUUCUGUUCACUGGAACUAAGAGGCCCAAACCUGUUCCAGCAUGACAAUGCCCCUGUGCAUAAAGCGAGCUCCAUGAGCACAUGGUUUACCAAUGUUGGAGUGGAAGAACUCUAGUGUCCUGCACAGAGCCCUGAACUCAACCCCACUGAACACCUUUGGGAUGAACUGGAACACCGACUGAACCACAGACCUCCUCAUCCAACAUCACUGUCUGAUCUCACUAAUGCUCUUGUGACUGAAUGAACACAAAUCCCCACAGCCACGCUCCAGAAUCUAGUGGAAAGCCUUCCCAGAAGAGUGGAGGUUAUUAUAACAGCAAAGGGGGAAUAAAUCUGGAAUGGGAUGUUCAACAAGCACAUACGAGUGUGAUGGUCAGGUAUCCACACACCUCUGGCCACAUAGUGUUGGUUAUUUGUGACUGUGUAUUCUGCAAAGCCAACUAAUAAAUCCAGUUACAGAUAAAACAUUUCAGUGAUUGUAUUUCAAUAUAAAAUUAAAUCUUAGUGGGCUUGCUGCCUAUUCUCUCCAUCGUGGGUUACCGCAAAGUUAUUUAAAAGUUAUGCCAACGUUAAGAGUAUGUUCUCUGAGCCAUGCAACUCUGAACAGGAACUUAAAAGAUCUUCUCUCAGAACCAAACCAAGCAGUUCUUCUGUGAACCACAAUUAAACCAGAGACCCAAUCACUGUUAGCAGGGUUUUAACACAAGUCACUAUACAGUAUGUUUGUAUCACAGCCUUUUUAAGCCACAGAAAGAGCAGAAAUUUCUCUGUCUGACCAGAAGAUGUCGCUGUUUCACAGGUUUUUACAAUAAAGCACCAAAUAGAGAGUGCAUAAAGCAACAGAGUGCAAUGAGUGCGCGUGGUAGCAGCGCGUAAAACCUUUAUGCUGCUCUAGCCAAAACUGUCCUGCUGGUUUUAAACCGUGCUUUAAACUGUGUAACUGGAGGAUUUUAGGGGAAAGAAGACAUGUCACAGGUGCCAUUUGCAGCCCAUGUGCUUGUUUUGAUUAUAUGCAUGAUUGCAUUCUCCCUCAAAACAAGCAGUUUCAUUUCCCAUCAGCACAGUGUGAUGUGCUGCCUGGUGGAUGGAUAGAGGUCCAUUGUAUAACAUGAAUUUCAUGAACAAACAGUAAAUUCAAGUGCAAAUUAAAUAGUGUGUUUAAUGUAAAAAGAAAACAAAAAAGCGAAUUAGUAGUCUACCUGUGGUGUUAGUCCAUACCUGCGCAAUGCAUCAUUAAAACUAGCUGAAUUUCAUGCUUCUGCACUGCGUUCAGUGCCAAAACAAGUACAAAACAAUAAUGAAGGGUUAAAAUAGUAGACUAACCCGUUCUUUGUGGGGUAUAGUCACCUCCCUGUCCUGCCACCGCGCGCACAAAAAGCGCCCGCCGCUCCCCCGAGCCUGGUCACGUGACUGGCUCUGCUGGCCGUGGCAACCGAAGAAAACCAAGCAACGCAGGAGGAGGAGAGGAAGAGUGUCCUAGAGCUGCCACUUUCCGCCACCGAGACUGUCGGGACUGGGAGUGCUGGGGCUCCGGCGCGCGCUGCUUUUUGAACUCCAACCUGCUGCUUUAAGCGCCCUGCAACAGCUUUAAGGGACUUGAGUCUUUAUUAUUAUUAUUAUUAUUAUUUUUGUGCUGUGGAGUUGAUGCUCUAGAGGAGCGAGCAUGCUUCAUCUGCGCUGAGGGGGUUGGCAUGCGCGCUGCCCCGCCGCCGCCGGCACACUGGAGGGUCGCGGCUCGCGGAUCGGGGCGCUCCUGCAGGGGCUGGGAUGCGCGCCCGGUACCUCCCGGUUCCUGUCCGGCUUCGGCGCUGAGCAGCAGCGGCAGCAGGAGUCGAGUCGGGCUGCGAGGAGCCGCUCCACGCGGAGCAGGAUGCCGGUGAUGAGGGGACUCCUCGCCCCGCAGAACACCUUCCUCGACACCAUCGCCACGCGCUUCGACGGCACCCAUAGCAACUUUGUGCUGGGGAAUGCCCAGGUACAGUCCCUCUACCCCAUCGUGUACUGCUCCGACGGGUUCUGCGAGCUGACAGGCUACGCUCGCGCUGAGCUGAUGCAGAAGAGCUGUGCGUGCAACUUUCUGUAUGGGCCGGAGACGAGCGACAGGCUGACGGCGCAAAUCCAGAGCGCUCUGGACGACCGACGGGAAUUCAAGACCGAACUGGUUUUCUACAAGAAAGGAGGUACUCAGUUCUGGUGUCUGCUGGAUAUCGUGCCCAUAAAGAAUGAGAAAGGAGAGGUUGUGCUGUUCCUCGUUUCCCAUAAAGACAUCACAGACAACAAGAAAGACCAGGAUGAAGAGCAGUGUCCUGAGAUGGAUGAGGAGACGGGACUGGAGGUUCACAAGGUCACGCGGCCGCAGGGCUUCAACGCUAACCGGCGGCGCAGCCGAGCCGUGCUGUACCAGCUAUCAGGACAUCUGCAGAAACAGGACAAGAGCAAACUCAAGAUCAAUAAUAAUAUGUUUGGCGAGAAGCCUCCCAUCCCCGAGUACAAGGUAGCAGCCAUUCAGAAGUCCCGCUUUAUCCUUCUUCAUUACGGUACCUUCAAGGCUGGCUGGGAUUGGUUGAUUCUUUUAGCCACCUUUUAUGUGGCAGUCACUGUUCCCUAUAACGUAUGCUUCACUGUGGUUGGUGGACGUGACGAGAUAACAACACCCAGAAGUCCACCGAGUGUGAGCGACAUCUUGGUGGAGAUCCUUUUUAUGCUAGAUAUUGUGUUGAACUUCCGCACCACAUUUGUGAGCACAUCAGGCCAGGUGGUGUACGAUGCUCGCUCCAUCUGCGUGCACUACGUCACCACCUGGCUCUUUGUGGACCUAAUCGCUGCGUUACCCUUUGACCUGCUCUACGCAUUCAAUGUCAGUGUGUACUUUGGGGUUCAUCUACUAAAGACUGUUCGGUUAUUAAGACUCCUGCGCUUACUACAGAAGCUAGAGCGCUACUCGCAGUAUAGUGCCGUGGUGCUCACCUUGCUCAUGUCAAUGUUUGCUCUGCUGGCUCACUGGAUGGCGUGUGUCUGGUACUUUAUUGGACGCUGUGAGAUCGAGAAUAAUAUGCCUGGAUCCUGGGACAUUGGCUGGCUGCAUGAGUUGGCCAAACGUCUAGGCACACCAUACUCCCUCUCUCCCCUCACAUCCCUACUUCCAGAGUCACUGCGGCCCAACAACCUGGAUGGUCUGAGUGGCAACGUGAGCCAGUGGAACUCCUCCAGCAGUGAUAUAGUUGGGCAGGACUCUGCAGCGAACUUCAGCCAGUGGAAUGGGACAGGGGCGGGGUCAGGCGGCGGUGGCUCAGUACUUGUUGGUGGCCCCUCGGUGCGGAGCUCCUAUGUGACGUCACUCUACUUUGCUCUAAGCAGUCUGACCAGUGUGGGCUUUGGCAACGUCUCAGCCAACACUGACUCUGAGAAGAUCUUCUCCAUUUGCACCAUGUUGAUUGGAGCGCUGAUGCACGCCGUAGUCUUCGGUAAUGUGACAGCCAUCAUCCAGCGCAUGUACUCCCGCCGCUCACUUUACCACACACGCACCAAAGACCUAAAGGACUUCAUCCGCGUUCACCGACUGCCCAAGGCCUUGGAACAGCGCAUGCUGGAGUGCUUUCAGACCACGUGGUCUGUUAACAAUGGCAUCGACGUCAGUGAGCUGCUGAAGGACUUCCCUGAUGAGUUACGAGCAGACAUCGCCAUGCACCUGAACAAAGAGCUGCUGCAGCUGCCGCUUUUCGAGUCGGCCAGUCGCGGGUGUCUACGCUCGCUCUCGCUUAUCAUUAAGACGUCGUUCUGCGCACCCGGAGAGUUCCUCAUCCGCCAGGGUGACGCCCUGCAGGCCAUCUACUUUGUGUGCUCAGGCUCCAUGGAGGUGCUCAAGGACAACACAGUACUGGCCAUACUGGGUAAAGGUGACCUGAUCGGCUCGGACUCUCUGACGAGGGAGCAGGUGAUUAAGACCAACGCUAACGUAAAAGCUCUGACCUACUGUGACCUGCAGUACAUCAGCCUGAAGGGGCUGCGCGAGGUGCUGCGCCUCUACCCCGAGUACGCACAGAAAUUUGUCAGCGAGAUCCAGCAUGACCUCACCUACAACCUGCGCGAGGGAAACAACACGGAUGUGGACUGGGAGAGCAAUGGCGGCCUGGUCAAGAAACUGCCAUCCAUUCGUGAGGACGAGGAGAAUGAUGAAGAGCAGCAUUCCGUGUCACGGGCACCUCGCUCACCUCUGCGUCUCACAAGGGGGCUCAGCUCACCCCUGCGCUCACCCCUCCUGCCCCCAAGGCCCUUUCGUCCCCCCUCUGAUCACAGCCGCCCAGCCACGCUUCAGAUACCUGUGGUCAGCUUUAGCAGUGCCCUUCCAGAGCUCAGCCCCAGGUUUGUGGACGGCAUUGAGACAGAGAGUAAUUCUGGUUCAGCACAAAGGUUUGAGUUCAGCUCUAACCUACCUCAUAGUGGCCCUCCAUCCCCCAGUCCAGUGAGCCAAGAGCAGGUGGAAACCAGGCAGAGCAUCAGCAAACUGAGCGAAGAGAUGAACAGCUUGUCAAAACAGGUCUCCCAGCUCAGUCAGGAAUUGCAGGAGAUGACACGCCUCCUGCGCCCUCUGUUCCUCACUGCUGCUCAGCCACUCCUCUCAACCCCCCCACCACCGGUGACUUUACCUGGCAGUGGUCCGUCCAUGAACUCGCCUGCAAUCUCACGUCCUCCAGCCCCACCCUGCUCUCUAUUGGACAUCGCAGACCCAGUGGGGGUGGUAGGUCUUCCCAGCUGCCUCAUACCCACCAGCCCAACACAGAGACUGCAAUCCCAGGUGGUUUGCUCAAAUGGCUCCCCUCAUGCCAGCCUAUCCCAUUUAGAGACUAUUCAAAAAGAGGGCACAGGGGCAGGGCAGCAUGACAUCCCUCUUGGCCCUACCAAUGGCUAUGGGCAGGCAGCUCCAGACCGGCUUGCCUCUCGCGCCACUUCCCCUUCUCUUUCCUUCUCCCUGUCUAUAUCCUCAUCCCGCUCACAGUCACCUUCCUUGACACCUUGUCAAGGACCGCACCCCUCCUGCCCCACCAGCUGCACACAGGGCCUGUUAUUUCCCCCAUCAUCACAAGACAUCCCACCAUCUUCCCAGGACAACCCACCUCCACCACAUUCCCAUUGCUCAGCACCUGCUUCACUAAGUAACUCCCCAGGUGACCACAGACUGAGGGGUGAUCCCUCUCCUGCUUCCUCUGCAUCGACACCCCUACUUCAGACCCUGCCCUGUUCCUCGCCAUCCUGCCCACACCCCUCCCCUCUCUUGCUCUGUUCCCUGAGAGAUGGCCAGGGGUCGAUGGGCUUCCCGUGGCACCGGCAGACCUCCAGCUGUGCCCAGGCAGCAUCUGGCACUGAGCAACCUCAGCUGGAACUGGAGAUGCAGGAGUGGGAUGCAGGAGGGAAGAGCUCAACAGAGCACAUCAGCUUCAUCGAUGAGGAAGGACCACCACUGUGAAUGCCAUGGGGACAGAUGGGAGGAGAGCAGUAGCACAACCAGGAGCUGGAUUGCAGCACAUCAAUACAUCAAAUUAGGGUGGAAGGAUAAUAUAAGGAGUCCAGAAAGUAAAGCAGGGUCCAUCCACCAUACAAACGGGCAAAGUGAGCUGCUUUACUUCAAGGCUGCGGCUUUCAUAACUGGUCAUGAUGGCAUCUCGCACCAUCUCAACACACCAAAACCUGACACCAGCCAAGCCCAACCAUAUCAGCACAAAGAUGACUGUGCUUCUCUGGACAGACAGGAGUUCUUCUCCAGUGGCAUUAUAAGAUACACACAAAAGCUCAAAUUGGUAUGGUGCAUGGCAACCAAAAUUUGUAACGAGCCAACCAAACCCAGCAAACAUUGUAAUAAGUACUUGACCUAUGAAGAGUUCCUGAUGGUUAUUCUGCAUAGGUACAUGUUGAACUUGUAGGCCUGAAUAUGGGAGAUGGCAUGUGUUUGCAAUCUCAUGUUACUCUUCUAUACUGCCAAAACAUUUGUGCUUUAUGUGUAGCCAAUCAUAAGUCACAAAUGCAUCUACUUGCUCUGAUUUUUCACAGCGAUUAGGUAGAUGAAUGAAUGUGUUACACUACAACACACAUCACUCUCAGUUUUUUCUCCCUAUUUGAGCAGUACAUAGGUCUAUGUCCAGACCCAUACAUUGCAUAUUUCUUAGACUGGGAAUGUAGAGCUUAUCCCAACUUCAUACAGCACACACGUUUAUAUAUCAUGCCUUAUUUUAUCCACUUCUAUACAGAGGUUUACCAGUAUAUUGUAACAGACUGAUUUAACUCAUGGCCUCAUUAACAUGAGGAUUAUAAGGCUACUGAACAAAAAGUAUGAGUUAGAAUAAGGGAUAUGAAAUGGGUAGCCUUCCUUUUUGGUUUACAUAGUGUACACAUACAUAAUGCCAUAUAGCAUGUGGUUGUUACAUGGAAUAAUGGCCAAUAGCCUAGCGUGGUUCUCUGAGGAGCUCCAUUCUCUAAAUGUGACCACAACAGGCAUUACAACAAGACAAUCAAAACAAACCACUAAUAGGGAUCCAGACAGAAAUACAAAAUAUGCCAGCUACAAAUCACACUGCCCUAGCCUGGCAUGCCAAAUAGUGGGAAGACCGAGUAUGGCAAUGUAAGAUAGCAUGCCAAUUAGUGUCCAUUUGGGAGUUAAGUUAAAAAGGCCCAGUAACAUAUGGUCCAAAGUCAAGGACACGGGAUUGCCAUGCCAAACAGCCAACAGACUAUGAACUGCACACAUGGGAUAGAUGUUGAGAGGGGAGUAAAUCCCCAGGUGCAAGUUUGAAUAAAACAACAAACACACGCAGCUUUAGCCAUCCAGCCACGUGUGCCUUUCCUAUAACCAUCCAAUAUCUCCAGAACAUCUCCCCAUUUGUUUUCUGUUCAUUCUUACAAAAAGGUUUCAGUCAUGUCACAUGUUAAUGAGCACUGCACUUUUAUUCACCUAGUAAUUAUUUAUUUAACUAUUUAUUUGUCUAUUUAUUUAUUUACCCAUCACAUUGAAUGAGAGUGAAGUCUUAUAAGUAGAAAGUGCUCAGGUGAAUAUUUCUACACUUGGUUCCAUUUGACAAAACCUAUAAAAGCAAGUUAACUGUCAACUCAGUCAUAUACAGUGAUGGUGAUAAGCAGCUACGUUUCUGCAGCUGAAAUCAACCAAGGUUCCUCAGCUUGAGAAAACACCAUCACAAUGUCUUAUUAAUAUACAGGGGUCCAAACACUAAGCAUGGGCUUCUCAUCCAUCAUGUUGCUUGAGUAGGGACAUGUCAUUCUUGAUUCUAUUUUCUUUACCUAGGAACUGUGUAAGGGAGCUGGGGUAUGGGAGGGGUUGUUUAUGACUGGCAGGGUGUUAAGAGAUUUUGGGUCAGGGUUUGGGUGGGUGGGGGUUCCUGCAUGUCUCAUCUUUUUGCAUGAGGAAUGUGCCUGCAUUAUUAAAUAUGGGAAGUGUGUAGGGGAAAACUGGCUGGAGGUCCAGAAGCAUAAAUGUAUUUUGUUAACUGCAAUGAACUUUAACAGAUCCUUACCUGAAUAAUAAAAAUGUGUUUUAUAAGAAUGGAGGGUAAUGUGUUGAUUGAAGGUGUCUUUAUUACCUGAUAAGUACAAUCUUGCUAAUAAUGAAGGAAGGCUAGAGGCAGCAGCUUUUGCAAAUGAUCUGACUUGUCUUAUCCCUGUUAGCCACAUUACCUUUUUUCUUUAACAUUUAACACCACCAAAUGAUGUUUCCUCUAUUUUCUACAUAAUGCAGCAGAACAGUUUACAGUAUAAUUCACUUGACUCUUCAAGCUAUUAUGGAAAGUGUUACGGGUAGAGGAAUCCUACAGUAGAUGAUCUGUGGCUCUUGGCAAGUGGCUCACAAUAAUGGAGCCUAGGCAAAAAACUACACUCAGAAUCAAUAACAAUCAUAAGCAUACAGGCUGCACAUGGCAAGUUAGCUGGACCAUCUGUAGAACAUUCAGUACGGACUCACUAACAAAAUGCAUGAAACGAUGCCAGAUUAGCAGCCACUAAACUCAAACGUCCUUAACCAUGGACCCCUUGAACGAUGCGCAUGUGGCAUGUGAUUUUUUUUUGUUGAGGGGGUAUGCGACAGGGAAGACCAUCAAACAAAUAGCUUCCAUUGUUCACUGACAUCAAUUGCUUUGAAAAGGACUCCAACUAAUCUAGCAGAGUACACAAUCAACUGCCAAGGCCCACCACAUAGGCUUGUUUAUGUAGAACAGGUUUCACACCUGAUACUCAACUGUGCAGACUUUCCUACCUGAUCCAGAAAAACUCAGGACGUAGAAUUAUAAUGGUGAGACAGUGUGCUCGGAUUAACUGCUCUUGACAAGCUGUGCCAGGUAGACAGGUUGGACAUAUUGUAGGUCCUGCAGAACUGACUGUGCUGGAUGGUGACAUUUGUUGCGGUGCUGAUGUCAAUCCAGGGUGUUCGAUGGAAAACAAGCUAGUGCACAUAGGAUAGCGUAAAAAAAAAGCAUGCACUCCAGAGUCCUAUUGACUAAUUUGCAGUUCAAAUGAGCUUGAUAAACACAGAACUCGGUUUCUUUUUGCCAAGGGUGAGUUCGUAGAAGUCUAAGCUCGCAUGCAGCUAUGUGCCAAUCAGCAAAAGCUGAGGGAUUCAGAGGUGACUGGAUAAGACAAGCAGGUAUGAUGAAAAGGGGAUGAAAGCCUGACCAGGAGUGUCUUAUCAUCAUCUCCCUGGUGGGUGGGAAGGGCACAGGAUCCAUCCCACUCUCAUCCAGUCUUCAGGCCAAGAGGAAUUACAUUAGCCAGGCCAUCAUAUCACAGUAACUUUAAUAAUUUCCUGUCCUUCCAUCAAAUUCCAAAUAUCGUAAUAAUGUGACUGAUGCAUGUUGAUCUGCUCUGCAUGUUUGAUUCUUAGAUGUUGAUGUCAGUAAGUCAUGAGUUAAAGAACCCAGAGAUAGUACUAUAGCAUACAUACUGUAUCUGAUUCUUGUGUGUCAGGAUUAAAACCCACCAAAACCAGCACCUAGUAGGCAGGUUGAGAGUGAGAGAUUAAAUUUGGCAUUUGCUCCAUUCCUGAUAAUAUUUUCAGUGAACUGUAAUAUCUAACACUCCACUAGUGAACUAAGCCACUUUUAACCUGAUCUAGAGCUUCAAGUGCAACUAGUCAUUUCCCAAGUAGGACAAAAGACAGUAAGCGGUGGCCGGCUCCGUGGCAGUGGUCUGCAUAUAUUUCAAGGGGAAACAUUCAUUGUCAAUUUCCAAAUGAAGGAGUGAAUGCUGGAGGUUAAGGGAAAUAAGGAGGCAGACUCUGCUCAAGAGAACAACAAAGACAGUACAACUAAGAGCAGCACCUUCCACCUGUUAGUCUUAUUCUUAAAUAUAUUCUGCUUUUGUAUUUUGAAACUUCAGGUACAUGUGAAAAUUCAGGUACAUGUGACGGGGGAACAUUCACAGAGCGGCAUUAAUAAUAACACAAAAUUGUUUUAAAGAAACCAAUAGACUAAUGUCAUAAAUUAGAAAAAAAAUAAUAAAAUAUGACAUUGAAUAGAUUGAGCCGGACUAGAGCUGCAUUGCAAGUUGCAAAGCAGAGACUCAAGGUGAUUUAAGCACACCUUUACUUUUAGUGGCUUUUUAAAUUCUGUAUAUUAUUUUUAAUGCAUGUCUGCUCAUUUCACCCCCACAAGAAAGCACUUCUCACAACUCCAGCUUCUACUAUAUUGUCCUCGUCCCCUACAAAUGAUCAUUUAGAGGAAAGAACACAAGGAAAAGAAAAUCUGGGGGGGGGAUUAUAAAUCAAAAAAUAUAUUUAUAUAUUUAUAUUUAUAUAUUUAUAUAUAUAUUUAGAGAGCGUGAGAGAGAGAGAUAUUUACGAGGUAUGUAUCCACAAAAAAGCAGUCUUUUUUUUUUUAAACUUUGUCCUCUCUUAAUGAAGCCCCUCUUAAAACAACAUUAAUAAUUAAUGCUAAUAAUUAUAAUAAUAUCAAUAACAAGUCAGCAAACUGAAAUAAGGAGGCAACGCUCCCUUUGACCCUGCCAUUAGUCUGUUUAGCUUAGCAGUCUGAGACGAAGUCCAAAGCACCAAAGCAUCCAAACCACCGGGUGGCACUGCAGCACAAGCAGAUUAAAGUCCUUUUUUUUUUUUUUUU